GGCUCAUGCACCGCUCUGGGACUCGCGCGGGAGGUGACUGGAGGUUUAUUGCCCCAGAGAGCGAUCUGCCAUCUGACUAACAACCGGGUUCCUGCUGACUGCUGUUAUCUCAAGACGGAGCAACACGAAACAAAAUGACUGACCUCAAGCCCCAAGAUCAGACAAAGUAUGACGCCUACGCCUCCUGCCUCGGACGAGCUCUCUGCUAUAUUAAGACUCCGGCCACAGUUGGAUUAUAUGCCCCUUGGGGUUCCCAAAUCAAUUGCCUCCUGCGCAAGAUACAAGGUUACAUGUUGGAGGAGUCGGCGGCGAGGGAGGAAAAGGAGUCCAAGAGGACCCAGGAGAAGCUCAGGUCGUCCACUGGCCUGGGGUUCAUCACCCUGUUGUGGUAUUUGGUGUUCCUUCAGCCUCAACUGACCGAACGCCACCAACGACGCAAAAAUGUACGGUUCAUCUUCGUGCAGUUCAGUGCCUGGGAGUUUGCGGGCAGCGACAAGAUCUGGGCCGGCCUCAUCACCACUCUGUGCGAGAACAUCAGGAAUAAGUUCGGAAACCUGCCCACUGGCAUCGUUCGGGCUCUGAGCCACGAGACCACCAUCCAGCACAGCGUCCUGGACCAGGAAUGGGUUAGCAAGAGGAUCCUCAAAAUUCACCUUUGGGUGCUCUCCUUCCUGCUGCUGGCUCUCGGUGUGGUGCUGACGGUCAUCGUGAUCAUGUACGGCUUCCCCGUGGGCGAUCACGGCGAUACGAAGGUGGUGGCGGCAGAGACUUUUGGCGUUGGCCUGGUGGGAUUCUCUGCCUUGUUUGCGUUCAAGAACUCCUUCAUGGUUGCCAAGAACGUGAUGGUGAGCCAGAAGGACACCGUCAACAGCCUCAUGAACAAGACCAACUACAGCGCCCAGUUGGGCUUCAUGAGCGACGUGAAGAACGAGGUCAAAGUCCUCACCAACUUCAUCCGAUACAUGGAAAUCUUCGAACGCAGGAAGAUACGCAUCAUCCUGAAGAUCGUGAACCUAGACAGGUGCACCCCGGACAAGGUGGUGGGCGUGCUGGACGCGAUGAACAUCCUCCUCUCGGACCCCGAAGCCCCCUUCAUCUCCAUCCUCGCCGUCGAUCCCAGCAUCAUCGCGACCUGCGUCGAGAAUUCCAGCACUCUCAAAGGCGUGGCGGAUAACGGCUACAAGUACCUGAGCAGAACUGUUACGCUCCCGUUUUCCGUGCCGAAAAUGGACACCCAGACAAAGCUCAGCACCCUCCAGCAGAUCAUCGACAGGAAGAGCGACCUCCUAGAGGAGACGUCCUCCGCGCACUCGGGAAAGAUGGCCGCCGGGAGGAAGGGGACGACCGAAGAGAGCACGCCUCUGGUUAACGUCGUCGCGGAAGAGCCCAGAAUCAGCCCGACAGCUCUCACCAAACUGACGUUUCAACUCCUGGUUCAGAACAAGGACCUUCACGAGUUGAUCGAGGAGAAUUACCUCCAAAUGAGCCGCAUCGUCAACACCAUUCCUAUCAUGAUGAGACUCAUGUUCACCAUGGGGUUCGAGGUGAAGGAAGUUACUCCCGACAAGGUGGCCGCCUGGGUUAUUCUCGCCAGUCACUGGCCCUGCCGUCUCAGUUGGAUUUGGCAGUGUUUGGAAGAUAGACAGCAAAAGAUGGACAUAAACAAAGAGGGGAAUAUUGAUGAAACGAUUCUGCUGUGGAGCCUUUACGACAACUCACACGAUGAGCUCAGUCGCAUAAACGCCGACAUCAGCAAGUUGUUGGAGCUCGAUGGGGAUCCAGAACUCUUUCAGAAACUUCUCGCGACCAGCUAUAAGUUCACGAUUCGGGACGCCAACCACCUUCUGCCUUACACCAUCAACCUGGACCUUUCCUUGAAGAGGAAGAUGGAAUUGCUGCGUGGAAACCAAUCCAUUAAGGCUCCGAAAAAGCCCACCGUUGUCAAGCCCCAGAAUUUACCGCAAGUGCUCGAUCUCAGCGUGGACGACGUCUGUAAAUUGAUGAAGGACAUUGAUCUGAAUCCGGAGAAACUGGAAUUGUACAAGUCAAAGAUCAGGCUGAACAAUCUGAAUGGAAACGCUUUGGUUUAUUCUAAAACAAACGAGAUCCGAGAGGCUUUGGACAUGUCGCUGGGUGACUGGGCUUCCUUCAACGCCUUCUUCCUUCAAUCCCAACCGCCACCAACGGCUUCCUUUCCUCCACAGAACCCAACGUACCACAGUCACAACCUAUUAUCUCACCAGAUGGGGACCGCACAAAACCUCCAAAGCCAACAGUUUAGCAUCGCUGUGUGA